GUUACCUCACUACCGGAAGUGAUUUCGUGUGCUGCGCGUGCGUUCUGUUGGCGGUUGGCGCAUCGAGAGUGUUUUGAUUCGGACAGAGAAGAUCCUUUAGUGUCGCAGUCAUGCCACCUGGGCCUGUGCAGAUCGUGCAGCCGGAGCUAAAUAACAAGCCCGAGGAACAGAAAGAAGAGAGUCCAGCCACAAAGCCCAUUGUUGGAAUCAUCUACCCGCCUCCUGAAGUCCGAAACAUUGUUGAUAAGACAGCCAGCUUCGUGGCCAGGAAUGGACCUGAGUUUGAGUCCAGGAUCCGACAGAAUGAGAUCAACAACCCUAAAUUCAACUUCCUUAACCCUAAUGACCCAUACCAUGCUUACUACCGCCACAAGGUCAAUGAAUUCAAGGAGGGCAAAGCUCAGGAACCCUCUGCAGCUAUACCUAAAGUCAUGCAACAGCAAGCAUCACAGCAGCUUCCUCAUAAGGUUCAAGCACAGGUGAUCCAUGAGACGGUGGUGCCCAAGGAGCCUCCACCUGAGUUUGAGUUCAUUGCCGACCCUCCCUCCAUCUCAGCCUUUGAUCUGGAUGUGGUGAAGCUGACUGCACAGUUCGUUGCCCGAAAUGGACGUCAGUUUCUCACACAGCUGAUGCAAAAGGAACAGAGAAACUUCCAGUUUGACUUCCUACGACCACAACACAGCUUGUUCAACUAUUUCACCAAACUAGUGGAGCAGUACACCAAGGUUUUAAUCCCACCGAAAGGUCUUCUGCUGAAACUGAAGAAGGAAGCAGAGAAUCCCCGGGAGGUCUUAGACCAGGUGAGGUACCGUGUAGAGUGGGCCAAAUUCCAGGAAAGAGAGAGGAAAAAGGAAGAGGAGGAACGAGAGAAGGAGAGAGUGGCAUAUGCCCAGAUUGACUGGCAUGACUUUGUAGUAGUGGAGACAGUGGACUUUCAGCCUAAUGAGCAAGGUAAUUUCCCUCCUCCCACGACCCCUGAGGAGCUGGGCGCUCGUAUUCUGAUUCAGGAGCGCUAUGAGAAGUUUGGAGAGAGUGAGGAGGUGGAGAUGGAAGUGGAGAGUGAAGAUGAAGAGGAUGACAGAGAGGGCAGGGGCGACAGACACACAGCUCAACUAGACCAAGACACACAACUACAGGACAUGGAUGAGGGCUCUGAUGAAGAGGAGGAUGGCAUGAAGGCUCCGCUACCUCCUGAUAACCCCCUGCCUCCUCCCCUGCCCCCCACCCCAGACCAGGUUAUCAUCCGUAAAGACUACGAUCCCAAGGCCUCUAAGCCUCUGCCUCCUGUGGCCACUCCUGAUGAGUACCUCAUCUCCCCCAUCACGGGAGAGAAGAUCCCAGCCAGUAAGAUGCAGGAGCACAUGCGCAUCGGUCUGCUGGAUCCGCGCUGGCUGGAGCAGCGUGAUCGCAGCAUCCGCGAGCGUCAGAUCGAGGAGGAGGUGUACGCUCCUGGCCUGGACAUCGAAAGCAGCCUGAAACAGCUGGCCGAAAGACGUACCGAUAUCUUCGGUGUGGAAGAAACAGCCAUCGGCAAGAAGAUCGGAGAAGAGGAGAUACAAAAACCAGAGGAGAAGGUCACAUGGGAUGGUCACUCAGGCAGUAUGGCUCGUACCCAACAGGCAGCUCAAGCUAACAUCACCCUGCAGGAGCAGAUUGAGGCCAUCCACAAAGCUAAAGGUCUAGUGCAGGAGGACGACACCAAGGAGAAGAUCGGACCCAGCAAACCCAACGAGAUGCCUCAACCGCCCUUGCCCUCAUCAGCCCCCAGCCUACCCAAACCCAGCCCACCAAUCAACACCAUGCCCAGACCCACACAUACUAUGGCGCCCCCAGUGCGUACCACCCUACUUCCCGCAGUGCCCGUCAUACCCCGUCCUCCUGUGGCCCCUGUGGUGCGUCUGGCCCACGGGCAGGUCCUGACCCCCAUGCCACCCAUGCUGCAUGCCCCCCGCAUAAAUGUGGUGCCCAUGCCACCCUCUGGACCCCACAUACUGGCACCCAGACCUCCACCUAUGGUGGUGCCUGCUGCUUUUAUACCAGCUCCCCCUGCUCCUCAACCUCCCAGCACUGCUCCCGCCCCCAUUCCUCCUGCCCACCCUCUGCCGCCUCAUGAGGACGAACCUUCCAGCAAGAAGAUGAAGACAGAGGACAACCUGAUUCCAGAGGACGAGUUCUUACGCAGGAACAAGGGACCUGUUGCAGUUAAGGUGCAGGUGCCCAACAUGCAGGACAAGACAGAAUGGAAGUUGAGUGGCCAAGUGCUGAACUUCAACCUUCCUCUCACAGACCAGGUGUCUGUAAUCAAGGUUAAAAUCCACGAAGCCACUGGGAUGCCAGCUGGAAAACAGAAGCUACAGUAUGAGGGUAUUUUCAUCAAAGAUUCCAACUCCCUGGCCUAUUACAACAUGAACAAUGGAUCCGUCAUCCAUCUUGCUCUGAAGGAGAGAGGAGGAAGAAAGAAGUAGUUCACUCUUUACAGUGUUUCCUUCAGUGCUCAGAUCAUUACCAUGUUUAUAAUCCUGCUUCAUUUGUACACUUCACAGAACUUCUGCUGUGCUCUGUAGCAAGACUGUAUUACAAAUUAAUUGAUUUCUUGUAUUACCCUGUCAAGAUGUUUAAACAAUCAAUGUGUGAGUGAUUUAGUGUUACAAAACAUUUAAUAUUAGUGGUAGUGUCCCAGCAAUCUAUCAAAACUGCGCCUCAACUGUUUUUAGUUGCCCUUUUCACUGACAAGUAAUUGUGUUAAAUACAAUUAGCAAAUUUGAAGUUCAACUUUGAAACAACACAUUUAGUGGGAUAUAUAAUACAUACGUAUCUCUUUGGAAAAUCUCUUAAUAAAUUUGAGUUAGAAAUACUGUCAAUAGUCGUACUGUCUUUUUUUACAUACUAAAAAAUGUUAUUGCUAAUGUAAAGCUAUUUAUUUUUUUUUAACACUUUUGCGUCAAUCUAAAAAAGUUAGUCAGAGGUCCUUAGAGGACAAAAAUGUGUGAAA